GAGCAAGACCCCCCCUUGUGCCAGCUUUAAUACCCAUUUGUGCCUGUCUUUCUGCGGAUCUAGGGACGAAACAAAAAAUAGGUGGCAAAUACUUAUUCGCACACUUCUGUGUCAUCAUAGCUGGUCCUGAUGUUGAUUCGGACGAGGGCCUGUGUGUUGUCUUUUUUAAUUGGGCUGACAGUUUUUUUGCCCUUUUUUUGGAUAACUGCUUUUUUGAAUCGAAUACUUUCUGCGUCCCCCUUAUCCCCGACACCGAUGGGCUUGGGACGUGCGCAAGGUGCAGUGCCUGUGGCAGUGGCAGCGGCAGCGGCAGCGACAGCGUGCGCCUGGGAUUUUGGUGAGAACAAACACCCCAACACGCUGAACACUGCUAGGGCCGACUACAAUGUCACCUGCACGUACGUUGACGGUGGAUCCAACUAG